GUGCAGUGGGGCAUGCAGCAGUGGUGCAAAAAUGGCGGCUUCCCGCAAGGCUGGUCCCUGAUCUCUUAAAACUGUCAAAAACAUCUGGGCUUUUGUUCUUCCUUUUUGAAUUGUGGUUUGAUCAAAGCAGGCGCCCUCGGUUUGAAGUGUUGUGCCCGUAGCACAAGGGGUUGCACAAAACGUUAUGAUGGCAGGCACGUCGUGUCUAGAACCAACCUUUUGCUUAUCCGGCCUGUCUCGGACACUGGCUUUGCAAGGGCCGGUCUCUUAUCGACAACAAGCAGUAUGCAGCAGCCCUGUGCAUGCUUGCAUGAAGGAGUUGAGGAGGCCGGCGCUCCUUGAGAAUCAUCCAGGGUUGCUUUUUGGUCUCAAGUCAUGUGACGACUGGAGACCUAGGUUUCAUAGUCAUGCUAGAGAGGUGUGCUGGCAACAGCGAGCAUCAACGGCUGCCAGGGCAUUGACUGCAGCUCCUCCUGCCCCAAGCCCUGAAAAAGAGGCUUCCAAGGCGGAUGCUUGGUCCAGCACAAGGAUACCCAAGAGCAUAAAUGAGAUCAGCAACGGUGAAAACAUUCUGGGCUUUGGGGCAAAUCUUUCUGCGGAUCAUCCGGGCUACAAUGAUGAGGAGUACAAGCGGAGGCGGAUGCAGAUUGUGGAACUAGCAAAGCAGCAUGUGCCGGGUCAGCCGGUUCCUUAUGUUGAGUACACUCCAGCGGAAACGGCUGUGUGGGGCGAGGUACUGACCAAGCUGGAGAAGCUGUACCCCGAUUUCGCGUGUAAACAGUUCCUGGAUACGUUCUCGCUCUUCAACUUCAGGCCUGACAGAGUCCCGCAGCUGCAGGACAUGUCGGAGGUCCUUCAGCAGCGCACCGGGUGGACCAUCCGCCCCGUUGCCGGCCUCCUGCACCCCCGCGACUUCCUGAACGGCCUCGCGUUCCGCACCUUCCACUCGACGCAGUACAUCCGCCACGGAAGCAACCCCAUGUACACCCCGGAACCGGACAUCUGCCACGAGCUGCUCGGGCACGUGCCUAUGCUGGCCGACCCCGCGUUUGCGGACAUGGCGUAUAGCAUCGGGCUGGCGAGCCUGGGGGCGUCCAAGGAGGACUGCUGGCACCUCACCAAGCUGUACUGGUACACGGUUGAGUUCGGUGUCAUCAAGGAGGGCGAGCAGCUGAAGGCAUUUGGCGCCGGCAUCCUGUCCAGCUUUGGGGAGCUAGAGUGGUUCCAGCACGGGAAGGGCGAUCAGCGGCCCGUCUUUGAGCCCCUGGACCCCUUUGGAAAGCUGACCAAGAUGAGUUACAAGGACGGCUUCCAGAAGAAGUACUAUGUUGCGGACAGCUUCGAGGACUUAUCAGCAAAGAUCAAGGAGUACGCGACCUAUCUUCAUAACAAGAACAAGGUGACCAGUUUGGACUUGUCCAUACUACAGUAGCAAGUGCAUACGUAGGCUUGACGAUCUCGGAUUUGUCCAUACAAUUAUAGUAAGUGCAUACGUAGGCGGGUUUCUGAAUGUACCUAAAUUUGGGUUUCAUGUACGGUGCUGAAAGAGUAGUUUUUGAAGCCUUGUUGAUACUGUAAAUACCUAUAGACAUGUAGAUACUCAAAAGACAGGUGUGCCAUAAUCAUAGAGAUGCGCGCGCAGUUGCCUGGUUUGAAACAAUAUCAGCCUGUAAUUGCGGAUCCGGUUCCUCAGUCACUGCCAGAUCUGAAGGUCGCAUGAUGCUCAAGACAGCUUAGAACUAUGAUUGUGGCCCUGGUUUGCUGGCAUGCUCGCAUAGGUUGUGCUUCGUAAGCUGACUAAAGAAACCCUUACCUAGCGAAGAAGAUUGAUUAAGACAGAUAGAUGUAGCCCUGAGAAGAUUUAUUAUCAACCUUUGAC